AUGAGGGACUUGAACAAGAAGUCGAGCUCGCAGCCCCUACUCGAGAGUCACACGCUCGAUCUGAUCAACGGAAGCAGGAGUAACGAUCAUGAUUCGGACCUUCACAACAAUGAAGAGCAGCUGGUCGAUCCGUUUUGUGUCGAGGAGAACCCUCAGAAGAUCACCUUCGAGGACAUCACAUCGGCUGCUUUCAAGAUCAAGUGUGGGAUCAUUAACACCCCAUGCGUGCGGUCACGGUUGUCGGAAGCGACCGGUAUCGAUCUAUACUUGAAGAAGGAUUUCCUUCAGAAGACCGGAAGCUUCAAGGAACGGGGUGCAAGGUACGCCAUCGUGAGGCUGAACGAUGAGCAGAAGAAGGUCGGUGUGAUAUCGGCGUCGUUGGGUAACCAUGCUCUAGCUCUUUGUUACCACGGCUACAAGCUCGGUAUACCGGUUACUGUAGUGAUGCCAGUCGUGGCGCCGAUCAUGAAGAUCACGGCCUGUCGGCAGUAUCGGGGCAACGUGAUCGUAGAAGGCCGCGACAUGGGAGAGGCGAAGCGUAUCGCUCUUCAAUACGCCAGAGACAAGGGACUGACGUACAUAAAUGGCUACGAUCACCCGGAUAUCAUGGCGGGGCAAGGAACGCUGGGCUUGGAGAUCGUGGAGCAAGUGCCAGACAUCGACGCGGUGGUGGUUCCAGUCGGUGGGGGCGGUCUGAUCGCGGGUGUAGCUCUUGCAGUGAAGACACUCCAUCCGAACGUAACGAUCAUCGGCGUUGAGUCGGAAAGGUGUCCCAGUUUUUACAUCGCACGGAAAGCGAACCGGCCGGUGUACACCCCCAUAGAGUCCACUUUGGCGGAUGGUUUGGCGGUGCCUAUGGUUGGGUACAACGCUUUUGCCACGGCGAACCCAUUGAUCGAUAAAUUGGUGGUGGUGAAAGAGGAGUGGAUCGCAAUUGCGAUCCUCAAGCUGGUCGAGAACGAGAAAUGUAUCGUGGAGGGCGCUGGCGCGACAGGACUGGCCGCCAUAUUGGCUGGGCAAUUGGAGGAUUUGAAAGGGAAAAGGGUGGUGUUACCUCUCUGCGGAGGGAACAUCGACACAACCAUAUUGGGCAGAUGCCUGGAACGAGGCCUGGCGGCAGAGGGACGCCUUAUGAAGUUCACGGUGACGGUGACCGAUCGACCGGGCGGAAUCGCGGAACUGUGCAGAAUGUUAGCCAGCAUCGGUGUGUCGAUAAAGGACAUCAUGCACGAACGGGCAUGGAUCAUGUCGGACAUUUUUAGCGUGGACGUGAAGGUGGUAUGCGAGACCAGGGACAGGGAGCACGCGGAGCAACUGAAGAACAUGUUGCAUCAGAAUUAUCAGAGAGUGGUGUUCGGUACCAGUGACAUGUCAAUCCUGAACGUGUAAUAGGAAGAUUUUUACCUUGACGAUACGACGAUCGAAAUAUUUGAGACCUGUGAAAUUUGUCGACUAUACGAUCAUCUUCGAGCCUGAGAUCCAGGAUGAAGUCGUCUAUCGUUCAUAAGUUUAGAAUCAUAAU